AAAAAAUUGUCUCCCCCAAUUCCCUCAUUCGCAGGGAAAAAAAAAUCGUGUGCAUAUGUGUGCAGUUUAAACUCCACGAGUAAAUAUUGAAUUUUAAUGAUAAUUGAAGUAAGAAAGAAGGAAGGAAGUUGUGUGUGCGCGCGUGGAAUAAAAUAAGUGUCCCUCCUUCAAACAUGUCAAUAAUUCAGUGUAACGUCGUCGCAGUCAUCGGAGGCACACGGCUUACGCACGAGUUUUCAAUCGAAAAGUGGAGUAAAUAAGAGAGCCGAGUGGUCCUUGGACCGCGUGUAGAAACGUUGGAGGAGGAUGCUUGGCAGCUGGAACUGGCGAGAAGACUUGGAGUUGGGAGUUGCCAAGGGUAUUGUUGUUAAAACGAUUAAAAUUAACGUGAGAAGCGAGAGUCCAGACUCUACGCAUCCCGUUCCCGACAGCCGGGUGCUGAGGUAUGCACCCAGCCGGUGUCAAACCACCAUCAAAUCGCCGAAUACCGGUCUCCAGCCUCCUCGCGACUGUAUGGACUAGCAGCGUGAGGUGGCAACGAUGCUGACGGCACACCCCGAGAUGCACGAGAAGCGUGACGGCCUUGGGGGGGUUCAGUACGUAAGUGUUGGCGGUGGUGGUGGUGCAACGAUGGAUGAGAAAACAGAUCAGCCACAGCCGCCCCCGCCACCGCCGCAGCGUGAUCCCUCAGAUCCCACGAUGAGCGCUAAAAAAAUUCCAAAGAAAAGAAAAUUCGAUCCGUCCGAACUCGAGGACAUGGACAAAGUGUGUAACGUCGUCAGUAAUUUUGGCAGUAUGAUGAAUUUACGUCAGACACUGCCACAAGUACAGUCAUCAUCUGGAAGCCAUCAGUUACACCCACCAUUGGCAAUGACACAGCAGCCGCACCAGCAUCAGCAGCAGCAACAGCAGCAGCAGCACUCACCACAUCUAUCGCCAAAUCAUCAGCAGAAUAAAACAAUGGUAACAGAGUGCUAUCCUCUAGUGCAGAGUGUCGUUGUUCAGCCACCACCUCAGAGUACAGCGGUCGACUAUUCACUGCGUGAUGAGCCACCACGUCAACGUCCAAGGCCCUCAACAAUUACGAUUGAUCUCAGCGAGUGGCAGAACCACCGCGUAUUAGCUUUAAGGGACACACGUUAUUAUCCUGGUGUUAUUAGAAACGCUGGCCAUGGUGAGGUUUAUAUUGAAUUUGAUGGUGAAGGUAAAUUAGUGAGAUAUACCGAUGUACUUGGUGCUGGUAAAUACGAUAUUAUUGCUGAUGCUAGCCCAUCAAUUGGCCAAGUUAAAUUGGACGCAACAGUGUGCAUUAGAUGUCCAACAAAUAGUGGUUUAGAUACUAUGACUAAUGUAUUUGUUAAGGGGAGUGUGUGCAACAUAUUGACUGGACCUCAUCGUUUUGUUGUUAAAUUUCAACGUGAUGAUGAACAGUGUGAGAGUUUUGUGGUUAAAAGGGCGGAUUUAAGGCUGUUCAGGCCACCCUGGUGGGAUGAACUUGAAGAAGGACUUGGGGAGUCUGAACCUAUGAGGAUUGAUCCUGUUGAUCAUGGAUUCAGAAAUUCUGUUGAAGUACCGGUUGCCGGAUCCAUUCAUCCACUUCAUACGCCCCACAUGCCCUCCCACAAUGACUCCGUCGGUUAUUAUCGUACAACAGGUACGAGUCCCCUCAUGACACUAGGUACACCCGGACACUCUGCAAACACAACGCUGAGCAAUGGGAAUCGACCUUAUGAUGAUCUAGAGAGUGACGACGAUCUCGAUAGGGAAGACAUUACAUUUCCCUCUGAUGCAGGGAGCAGUAAACGAAGCAGUAUACAGAGUCGAGGGAGCAACAGUAGUUUGAUGGAACAGCGUAGUAUAACUCCACGUUCACAGGCGGCCACACCCAGAUCUCAGGCGGCGACGCCACACAAAUACAAAAAGGGUGAUGUAGUGGUAACGCCAAACGGAAUUAGGAAAAAAUUUAAUGGCAAACAAUGGCGAAGAUUGUGCAGUAAAAAGGGCUGCUCGAAGGAGAGUCAAAGGCGUGGCUAUUGUUCGCGUCAUCUCUCAUUGAAGGGUUCAGAGCUACGAGGCCCAACAAGCACAUCCCACGGUGGUGGCGAAGAAACAUCUCGUGAUUCCGAUACAUCACCGAACUACGGUGAUCGACGUAUGACAGGGCGAUUCGAUCAGGAGGAAACAGAGGCAGCAAAUAUGCUGGUAUCCCUGGGUAGCUCGCGCUCGGCAACACCAGCCUACUCGUCACCAACCGCCCACUCUUCAAUUUCACCCUGCAUCAGUCAAUCCCCAGUGCCGCCCCUUGGAUUAAACCAAAAUAAUGUUUUCAUGCCAAUAUCGAGUCCAGCAGCCCACCACGCAGCCUCCCUCAUAUCACCGGGUGCAAAGUGGAAGCAUUCACCAACCCAGUCACAUUUUGCUGUGCAAUAUCAACAGCAAGUGAUAAAACCCGAGCCAAAUCGUAUGGUAAGGCCAAAUAGACCAGCACCAACAGCGCCAGCGCCAGCACCUGCGCCAGCCCCAGCCAGCAUUGGGACAAGUGUCAUACGUAUAUCGCCAGUUGGAAGGAGCAUGCCAACGCAAAAUUUAACACUAUCCUGGUCUGAACAGAGUCCGCCACCGCGACAUCCCUCAGUCGUAACAUCCAUGGCUCAACAGCAGGCCCAACAACAACAGGGAAUUAUCCUCCAGCAUGCACUCACCUCGAACAAUGGUUUUGCAACUCAUCCCGAUAUACCCGAACAAAAUCCCCAACUUUUGAAGCCACCCCAUUCCCCGCAUAUCCCGCUGUCUGCCCCGCCUCCCCAAAAUUUGAGCCUCAAGACCCAAGAAUUACCGGUUGACUAUGCACAACACCAGGGCCAACCAAUCUACGUUAUGCAAACGCAUAUACAGCCACAGCCACAAGCGGUUGCACCCACGCAAUCGCAGCAACAAAUAUCUCAGGUGCCUCAGCUUGAUAAAAAAUAUUUAGUGAUUAAAAAUGGGAAUGAAGUGCCAUCAUCUGGGCUUGUUGGCAGUCAGGAGGAUAAGUACAGACAAGGAAUGUUGAAUCAUCUCGGGCAGAUGCAAACACUUGCAGGAAAUGCGUGUCAACCGCAGGCGCAGGCCAGUGUUAGUGUUGGGCAUGUUGAGAAGAUGACGAUAAUACCACAGGCUACUAAAAUUGGGCUUCACAUAUCAUCUCAUCCGGAAGUGCAGAGAAAUUCAUCACUGCAACAACAACAACAACAACAACAACAGCAGCAGCAGCACCAACAGCAGCAGCCACUCUCAACGAGCGUUGUAAUGUCCACUGCAACGGCAGUAACAAACACUUUAACACCAACUAGCGUCUUCCAGCAUGUUAUCGUUCAACCGAGCCAUUUGGCUCAAGCACCAAAGGGAGGAUUACAAUCGAGGGAGGACAGUGGAAAGACCAAUGGAGUUGUCUAUGGCAGCCACGAUGUUCCACCUCUAUACCAGCCCCAUCCCCCGCCAUUGCUCAACAAUUCAAUGCGCAACUGGAAAAAAGCUUUUUCCUGGCAGACGACAGUACUAGAUCAGCCCGAAGUGAGUCCACCACCGUCAGCGCUGAGUCCACCGCUGAGUGCACCACCGAUACCAUUGAGCAUGGGGAAUCCUGGUGAUGAGCCGAUUGGCCCUGGCCCGGAUCCCAUUACACCGGCUGAGGAGGAGGACGAUGAUGUUUUUGAGACUGAACCUACCACGCCUGCUGAGAUCGAGGCUAAUUCGAAUAAACGACGAAGUCAAUCACUGAGCUCAUUGCACACCAAAGAUCCACAGAGUCCGUUGAAGACGAAAGACCGUAUCCGCCGACCAAUGAACGCCUUCAUGAUAUUCUCAAAACGCCACCGAGCAGUUGUACACCAGAGGCAUCCGAACCAAGACAAUCGUACAGUGUCAAAGAUCCUAGGUGAAUGGUGGUACGCAUUGGGGGGUGAGGAGAAACAGAAAUAUCAUGAUUUGGCCUCUGAAGUUAAAGAAGCACAUUUCAAAGCACAUCCAGACUGGAAGUGGUGCAGUAAAGAUCGAAGGAAAUCAUCGACAACAAGUUUCAAAGGCAAUGAACCAAGGGGAAAACUAAAUAGUACGGGAGAGGAGAUGGAUAUGGGACCACCCAGUGAGGAGAUACCGUUGACGCCUCGUGCGUCUGAUGACAUUUAUGUACCAGUAACUGCAGUCUACAGUGAUACACCAAGUACAGAGACUGUGAAUCAAGCACAUUCGUCUCAUCGACUUCCCGAGCCUCAACAACUAAUGGAUACCUCUGAGUCCUCCGUUAAACAGGAGGAAGACGGCAAUGGCUCUGAUGAUGAACAACAAAUGGUGAUAUGCGAGGAUCCACAGCCAGACGGCGAGGCAAAAGUCAAGGAUAAACCACCAGAGAGUGAUAAUGAUGGACAGGACAAAGAGAGAGAUGAGAAGAACUUUGGAGGGAGAUUUUCACCUGUCGACGGUGGUAAAAGAGACGUCCAGGGAGUUAAAGCUGAGGUUACAUGUCGGCCCAAGCCAAUUAAAGCCUCGCUCCCGUCGACAGGUAUCGAAACGACCACCAAGUAUCAUCAUGCAUCCAUUGAUAAGGGCGGUACUGUCUCAGUGCUCUCCACUUAUCCUUAUCACAGUCCCGUUAAUCCUACUGGUGUUUCGGGUUUUCAACCGAAGGGAGGUGCAUUCAUAACUAUGCCAAUAUCACCUAAAGUCGUUAAACCAGAGCCAGUUAAGGGAGAUCAGCAAUAUAGCACACAGUACUGUGUCAAUAAUCUUGUUGCUAAUAUACACACUGAAAAUGGGAGGAGUGUACCUAAAUUUGCAGCUGCAUCUGUCUUACAUUCGAUUGGAACGAAACCGAUGAUGGCACUGUUGAAGCAGCAGCCAAUGCAAUCUUCAACCGUCCAUCGUGCCCAACCAUCGGCCGUUCCCUUUCAACCCCCGAUCACUCUUACAUUACUCGAUAAUGAUUUGGUGGCCGUUUCUAAACAACAGCAGGGUUCACAGUAUCUUGGAACAACCACGCAACACCAGAGGAUGUUUAUACCUGGAUUCCAUAUACCUAUUUCUGAGACUGGGAAUCGUAAUAUAACUAUACAGAACUUCGUUGCUGGCAACAAAGUUGAUACCCCAAGUGUUAUUGUUACGAAAUCUUAUCCUGUGACAACAUCCUGUCCGAGCACCCCAAGUUAUCGUGGAAUUGGCCAUUCUAUCGCUAGGCUCGCUGAAUCGGAGAAAAAAGAUAACCCUGUAGUCACGAAUCAUGUUCAUUUUUAUGAACAAGAGCGCAAGGAUGCGGUUGGUAUUCUCCUGCCGACAAGUGAUAAAGGCAAACAGCCAUCGACUCCCCACACACCCCAUACGCCUCACAGUACCAGUCAGAAUAGUGACCACUCGUCAGGUUUUGUGGUUGACGAUUCUACACCUAGGAACAAUGAUCCUGGCCAGAAUAAAGGGACGUUCAUGCUGGCACCGACCCCCGCUCAACUUGGCCGAGCACCACUCCAAAGAAGACAGUCACUGGCAUAUCCUCCUACAUCUAAUGCAGGAGACCAAGGGAAUUCUCAGCACUUUGACACUCGAGCAUCAACAAAUGCACCAAUUGUGGAGCAACAACAACCACAACAACCUCAGCAACAGCAGCAGCAACAACAGCCACAGCAGCAGCAACAACAACAGAUCAAACUUGGUGAGCCUCAAGCAUUGCCCUCACCCAUGGCUAAGAAAGGAUCAUUCUUCAAGAAGAAUGUUGAAGAUGGGAUGGACAGGGUACUUGAACAAGUCAACUUUGAAGAAAAGUUCUCAUCAUUACCAGAGUUUAAACCGGAGGAUAUUCAGAGCCCAAGUGCAAUAAGUAUGAAUACACCUGUGGGCUCUUCGGUUCAUACUCCAGGCACUGCUGGACUUCAUCCCCCCAAUCUUCCAUCAUCUCUCCAGGGGUAUAAGAAGAAAAGUGGCCAGGGACCUCAUAGAUCUAUGCUUAAUGAGGAUGACGGAGAAUGCGAUGUUUCCGCAACGCCAAAAUCGGCGGCCAGUGUUAAACUGACUGGAAACACAUUCUUCGGACCAGAUUUCAACGUCGAUGCAUUCAGAAUAAAUUCUGAUGCUGGUGGUGAUGCUGAGGCUAGUUCGCCGAGAACACCAAAAACUCCGGGUGGCGGCGGUGGCGGAGUAGGGCCAAGCAGAAACGAUAAUGAGCGGGGACCUCGAAAGGUUCUUGAGCAGCGUAGACAAUUAGUUAUGCAGUUAUUCCAGGAUCAUGGAUAUUUCCCGUCUACACAGGCCACUUCAACUUUUCAAGCUAAACAUUCUGAUAUUUUUCCAAAUAAGACGAGUUUGCAAUUGAAGAUUAGAGAAGUCAGACAGAAAUUGAAGGCCAAUUGUGCAACGCCAAUGAGUGCCAGCAAUUUAGUUAGUCCUUUGCCUGUCUCGGAGCCAUCACCUAGUGUUACUGGACCCUUGACAGCUCCUCCAACGUCAAUGGGAGCUCCACUGUCACUGCCAGUGAGCAGUAGUGGCAGCUAGCGCCCAUGUGCCAACUGUGAUACAUUGAAUCCCCUUACUCCACAACACGAGUACAUCAUAAUCCUUUGAUGACAAAAUGGUGUUUAUUCGGUGAAGAAAAAAUUUGUCAAGCUGAGGAUAAUCGAAGAUUAAUUAUGAUUAAUGUACAGUUCUUUCCCUCCUGGAGAAGAAGUUUUGUUUCCUUUGAUUUGAUUCGUGGAAUGUCAGUGCAAUUUGAACAUGUCAAGAGUGAAGGGUUGUAAUUGGAAUCAAAUAGGCAUAGGUAGGCAAUAACAAGUCGAUGAGUAAUGUUUAAAGGCGUGUUAAUAUACGGUCAUCAGUUGAAUGAUGAAUUAUUAUCUGUACAUAAGGUCUUAGUCGGUGUUCAGUAUUGUUCGGCAAAUAAUGGAAAAGAGGACAGGGAGAAUGCAAAAAAAUUAAUGUGUUCAGAAAAAUUGUGUUCUAAGGUACAUGUUGAACAAAUCGAGGGAACUAUUUCGGGGCUUUGCAAAACAAUUCAGCUUUACGAAGAAAUAUUCACUUACAAUGAGUGAAUUUAAUCGAUGUUUAUAUUCAAGAAUAUAUUUUUUCAAAAUCAGGAAAAGUGAGAGAAACGUCAAAAGAUUGUGAAAAUUAAUCAAUAUUUUUGUUUCAAUUACCUUUUGGAAUAUGAACUGAUAUCCGUAGAUUAACUCGCUAGGGGCGAAAUUACAUACAAGGCCUAUGCUAUUGUUGAAUAUUGUUGAAAAAUGUGCUAAAAAUAAUAAAAAUCAGUAUAAUGGUUGGAUUGUCGUGCGGAAGUAAAGAUAGACAAGUGCGUAAUCAUUCAGAGAGUAUAAAAUUGAUUAAUGAGGAAAAGAAAAAUAUAAAGAAAAAUCAGAGUUUAUAUACUUUAGUUAUACUCUAAAUAUAUAUAUAUAUAUAUACACUAUAUAAGUGACAUAUAUUAACGAGUACAUUGCACAAAAUGUCUACGUUGAAAGGAAUCAUCGCAAAAAAAAAUACCAUAGGUAUGGUUGUGUUUUUUUCAUUGUAAAUAACUGGUAAAGAGUUGAUAGAGUGAUUAUUAUUCCAGAUAUUUUGAGGGAUACCAGAGAACUGCUUAUUUGCUCAAAUUUUUUAAUAAAUUUUCUGUUAAAAUGUCGAUAAUUUAGUGCAGGAAAUUUCUUCGAGAAUUUGCAGCAUCAACGGCUUCCGGUUACCUGUUAAAAGGAGAGAGAAGAAAAUAUGAGUUACACUGGUAUCUCGAGCUUCAGUGAAAUCUUUAAAAGGUUCGAGGCCCUUUUUCCGAUGCAUAGAAUAUUCCUAGAGUAAAAGGCAUAUAGAUAAAACGGAAAAAAAAAUUUAUAAAAGUACAUAAGGAGUGCCAUCGCGCGGCUAAAAAAACUAUAAAACCAGAGAAGGCAGGCGAUUAUUUUCUUGUUAGUAAUUACCAAUUUUGGUAAAAAAAAAUGAGAAUAAUAUGUAGAUGAAGUGUAAAAUGUUUCCGAUAUUUCCGAAAGUACUUAUCGACUGUUUUUAGAGGUCUGCCAAGGGUCAAUGCAUCUUACGGUUGUUUUAUGGCUCUCUUAUUAUCGUUAAUAUCUUUUCCUUUCACUUGGCCAAUUUAGGUAUAAGUUUUUUUAUAUUACCCUUGCAAUUUUAAGUGUGCCCCUCCCCCCGCCCCGGUUUUUCUUUUUUUUGUCAUGACAACGAAUUUUACAUUAACUUGUUCAUUACUUUAUUAUGAUUAUGAAAGGAAAAGCAUGAACUUUGUUGCUGAGUUUUAAGAUCUCAUGUUUUAUCACUAGGCAGGGCAAUUUGUGGCAGUUUAUACAUCUUUAAAAAAAACACACGGUUUUACAUAAAUCAAAUUUACAAUAGAUUUUUUUUAAAUUGCGUUUUUAACAGAACUAUUAUUGUCAGCGAAAUGUUAAAAUCUGUUUAAUUUUUCUCUGCACUCCAAUCAUGUUUUGUAUUAUUCAAUUUUCCCCUUCAACUGUUGAUGAAGUGUUGGAAAUUUAGUGUAUUUCAACAUCAUUUCCGGAUCGUUUUCAGCCUUUUAUGCCUAUUAAAUGCUCCGGACUACGUCGUCUCGUUUGUAGAGAGCGUGAUUCCUUAGCCGGUGUCACGCAUGGCGUAACGUAGCUUAUAGGUAUAAGAGAGUUAAUGGAGAAUGUUAUUUUACAAUAUUGAAAUUAUCGUUGAUUUUUUUUUUCUUUUAAGAUUGUGUAUUUUUCUCGCAAACCUGCCGGAGAAAAAAAACUGCAUUGUACCUUGGCAGAAAUUUGUUGAAUUUGGCUGUAAUGUAGAUUAUAUAUUAAAAUUAGUUGAAGUGAUGUUCACUGAGAUAGACAACACUUCGAAGUGAAUUUUCAAGUAUCUCGAGAUAAGGCACGAAUAUUUUUUCCUUCUUUUCAAGUUAGCAAAUGGCAAAGAGAGAGAGAGAGAGUGAAUGAGUGAGUGACGAAAAAACUGUGUUUAUCCGACAUAUUUUGUAAAUAGAAAAAAUAUAAUAAAACUCACUAAACACGUUAGAAAAAAAUAAAUAUAUGAAAUAAAUGAAAGCCUAGG